UGAAAUCCAAUGCUGAACAAGCAGCAAAUAUACUUAAACUACGCCUUGAAAUAUGGGAGUUUCUGUCCAGAGUUUUCAAAGAUGCUUCUCAAGUAACAGAGGAGGAAUUUGUGGGCUUUGAUCCUUCGGUCGUCAAUCAAAGUACCUACCGGAAAGAGUUCUUCCCAAUGGUGGUAUCCAUGGGUUUCAAGGUCAUGGACAUUGAUGGUGAUGGUCUUGUAACAAAGGAAGAACACGCCGCUUAUUUCUACAGCAUGAACGUCCCUGUUGAAGAAUCGAAGAAGAUAUUUGACGUGAUGGACACCAACAAGGACGGUUUCAUAUCCAUUGAUGAGUACGCGCAUGCGUAUGCGGAGUUUCUUUUCACCGAGGAUCCAAAUAACGAAUACAAUGGGUUUUUCGGUCCUUUAGUUGAUUGAAGGACUCAUUUUAAAUCCGCUGAAAGUGACUUUAUAUCGGUACAUGUGUAACAUAUAAGAUAUACAAUGCAGCGCAAAAACCUCCGCCGUUUGUUGGAAGACGCACCGUAACUUUUUGAUGGUAAUUUAGUCCUAUUCUUUGAAACAUAUAGUGACACUAAAAUACUGUAAAAUCUGUAAUUGAUUUAAUUCUAUACCAUACGUGAUUUUUUUUCUGAAAUAUGAUGCUUGCAGACUCCAAACCCAGAUUAUGGAAAUACUAG